GAGAGGAGAGGAGAGGAGAGGAGAGGAGAGGAGAGGAGAGGAACCGUCAUGGGGCCUUGGAGUCGAGUCAGGGUUGCCAAAUGCCAGAUGCUGGUCACCUGCUUCUUUAUCUUGGACCAGGAAGCUGGAGAGAGCCCCAGCCCUGCCCCCUGGGGCCGAGCUCCCUGCUCCUGCGGCUGUCCUGUGCCCCACACUCUGAGUCUGCCCUAUCCACAGCUGCUGGGCCUCUCUGUGGCCACCAUGGUGACUCUUACCUACUUUGGUGCCCACUUUGCUGUCAUCCGUCGAGUGUUCCUGGAGAAGAACCCGUACCAGGCUAUGCACCAAUGGGCCUUCUCUGCGGGGUUGAGCCUCGUGGGCCUCCUGACUCUGGGAGCUGUGCUGAGCGCUGCAGCCACCGUGAGGGAGGCCCAGGGCCUCAUGGCGGGGGGCUUCCUGUGCUUCUCCCUGGCGUUCUGCGCACAGGUGCAGGUGGUGUUCUGGAGACUUCACAGCCCCACCCAGGUGGAGGACACCAUGCUGGACACCUACGACCUGGUAUAUGAGCAGGUGAUGAAAGGCACAUCCCACGUCCGGCGGCAAGAGCUGGCAGCCAUCCAGGACGUGUUUCUGUGCUGUGGGAAGAGGUCUCCUUUCAGCCGUCUGGGGAGCACAGAGGCUGACCUGUGUCAGGCAGAGGAGGCGGCAAGAGAGGGUUCAGAGACAGGCCUGCCACCUCCCUUUUCUGGAAAGAUGCCUCUGGGUGCCAUGCCCUGGGGUGGCACUGGAAGCCCGGGAUGGAACCAGGACCCUGGGACCGUGCAGGGACCCCCCUCACACCCCUCCACCAGCUGGCUUCCUGCCCUCCCUGUUAGCCAUCGCCCUCUGGUCACCAAGGUGCUGUGCCUGGCCCCGGGCUGGAUGCUGGGAACCCAGAGUGAAUUAGAAGUGGCCCGGCCCAGGGGAGCCAAUGUGUGGCCCAACAUGGACACUCAGGACAGCUGGGAGACGGCACCAGCUGGGCCUAGGGCAGUGCCCGGGUGCCCACAGAGGCCAGCCCUGUCCCAUUGGGCUUCACCUGCUUGUACUGCCUUUCCCUAUAGUCCUGGGGGCUUCCUAGGAAUGUGCUGCACCUGCCGCCCUGCUGCCCUGGCACUGGCCUAGGUGGGCGCUGCAGCUCUGUGGCCCCACAGAAGCCGCUUGUCCAGGCAGGGAGGGCCUCUCAUGGCGGGUGCCAUGCCUGCUGCCCUCUCGCAGGACUGCCUUCAGGGCAUCCGGAGCUUCCUGAGGACACACCAGCAGGUCGCCUCCAGCCUGACCAGCAUCGGCCUGGCCCUCACGGUACCCCCUCGCCUCCCUCACCGCCCCUUCUCACCUCCUGCCCCUCAG